GAUGAGAUGAUUUCCCCUCUAUUCCUGCAUUUCCAGGAAAGCUACUCCGCUGUGAUUGUCUGGAAGGAUCCCGAAACUUCAGCAACGACGACGUGAGAAAGCCCCUCAUGAGAUGAGUCCUCUAGCCCUUGCAAACAAAGCAUGAACAAUUUCUUCUCAUCACUAUCCGAUUGCAGGGGAUAUUUUCUAGGAGACGUAUGAAGAUUUCAUCUUCAUCAUAUUCACACCCCAGGAGUACAUUGUGGUCGGAUUGCAAAAAAAAAAGAGAAACGUCGUAAUACGAGAUUAUUCUCGCUACCCUGGUGAAGUAGAUGAGAUGAUGUAUGCAUUAAUGGAUUAACGAGCCACCACUUCAUAGGAUUUGUGUUCACUAAUUGGUUAUGUGCAACGAUGUAAAGGAGACCUGCGAAUCUCAUUUGGAGAUAAAAAGCCCUGAUGAUAUAGUUUGUCUUUGUAUAUAAUAUUCUACUGUGAGGUAUAUAUCAGAGGCCACGAGGGGAAGGAAAUCUUGUGGAUCGUGCAUCACUGUUGUAUUUGAAUAUUCUAGGGUAUUUCCAUGCUUCGAAUCAAAGAUGGUGUUUUAGAGAGAGAUCUCUCUCUUGCCGCAAAACCAUGAUGUGAGGCAUUGGUAAUGUGACAAGAAAGCUGCAAGCACUUGAGUGAAAGAAAAUGACAAAAAUGCAUCACUUAGGAGGAGCGUGAAUCGGAUUUGUGCUAAGAUAGCUCGAUCCUUUGCCUUAAACGUGGAGGUUGUAGCAACUGGAGGCUUCGUUGCAAGAGCAGCCAUUGCCCAGAAUUUAUGAGCUGAUUUGGAAUUAUUUCUAAAUUUGGAUGAUUGUGGAUUGAUCACUGAAAUAUUCAUGUAAGUUUACAUCUAAGCUGUGGUGAACGUAUGCGUACAUCUAACCAGAGGCAGACGCGAUCCUUGAACCAUUGAUGUGGUCAGCUCUACCCAGUUGACCACAGGGACAGCAUCAUCAAGACCAUUGUGCGGACACUGACCGGAUGCAGCAGCGCUCUGACGUGCUUCAUGUGUUUAUAUUCAUUGGCAAGGACUGGUACGUAGACUGACCCAAAUGACGCUUACCAAAGCAAAAGAGAUGGACAGCAUUUUCACCGGCCGUCUGACCAACCUACCGCCCCUGACAUCCAAGGUGGUCAAGAUCAUACUCAGCUGCUGUAAAUCAGACACCAUACAGGAGAGGUUUGUUCUAUUGCGAGAUGCGGUCCCCGAGUUGCAGAGGUUUUGCCAGCAGUAUGGCCUGGAUUUCCAAUUGGUUGAUAUGCACCAGGGGCCGUCCAACACGUCGACCAACGACCACGAGAUGGCCGGUCUCAGGAUCCAAGAAAUCAUCAACUCACAUCAGUUGUCUCUGGGACCGUUCUUUGUGUCAAUAAUCGGCAACAAGUAUGGUGAUUAUGUGCUGCCCUCUAGAAUCGAAGGAACAGAAUUCAGUCAUAUCCGAGACUGUGCUUUUGAAGCUGGCAAAGAUAUCAAUGUCCUUGAUGAGUGGUACGUCCAGGAAGGGGAUGGAAUGGAACAGGUCUAUGUCCUGCAACCGAUAUCCUCAAAACUCAAGUAUUACUAUGACUCGAGCCCAGAGAACAAAGAACUCAAUGAGAAGGAUUUAGCAAAAUGGAAGAAAGCCCAUGAUGCAUUGCUUGAGAUCCUUCAACAGUGUGCGGAGUAUGUGCACGAUGAAGGACUUCUCAACGAAGAACAACUCCACAAGUAUCAUAUGUCUGCUCUUGAGAAUGAGUUGACGAGUGCAGUUUACCAGACGGAAAACUCUGCCGAGAGGUGUGUGUGCAUCUACCGCUCCUUCGAUGAUCUCCCGCAGAAUGUGGAGUCACAGGAGAUGCACAACUAUGUCGACAUUCGCAAACCCAACCGUCCAAAGAUAUACAAGAAGGCUCAGGAACGCAUCAAAGCGCUCAAGGAAACCAAGAUUCCCUCUAUGCUGCCAGAGGAGAAUAUCCUCAAGUUCUGCAUUCCCUGGACGGCGAACGGCAUCGACCCUGCUAACUCUGAAGAACAUGAACAGUACUUGAAAGAAUUCUGUGGACAAUUCACGUCCAAGAUCAAGGAAUUGGUGGACAAGUUUGUUGUCCGGGAGAAAGCCAAUCUGCAGAUGAGGGAAGGAUCGGGACUGACUGGGGAGGUCCUGGCACACCUGCAGGUGGCUGACGAGUUCACCAAGAGCUUUGUUUCACGAGACUCUGUCGUCAACCAAGUUGAGAGACUAGUCAAGAAGACACAAGGGAAAAAUGACAAAUUGCAGAAUGCUAUAUUAUUGCAUGGUGAGCCAGGAAGCGGUAAGACUGUAGUUGUGUCUCAGAUUAUCAAAAUGAUGCCAACUUGGUUAGGGGAAUCAGUCAUCGUUGUGCCAAGAUUCCUUGGCGCAACAACCACAUGUCGAACUGUUCGUGACAUGCUUGAAUCAGUAUGCCAUCAGGUGUACGAAGUAUACAAACCCAAGAAAAGCAAAUUUGGUGACAUUCCGCAAGACCUAGAAAAGCUCAAACAGUACUUUAAGAACUUAAUCGAGAAACUCCCCUCCCCAACGCGACCGCUGUGCAUUGUACUGGAUUUCCCAGCGGAGUUUGUGGAAGAAUUUCAAGGCGAUAAAUUAGAUUGGCUCCCCGUGAAUUUCCCAACGUCCACCACCCUCAUCAUAGCCCUGACCGAUAGCCCCGCUGUCAAGGUAUUCCGGGAACGAAUCUCGGACGAAGCCAACUUUAUCAGGGUUACAUCCCUCAAUGACAGGGAGCUCUCGGAGAUGGUGCGGCUGUUCUUGACGGACAACAGCCGACUCCUGGUGCCCGAGCAAGUGAAAAUCGUCACAAGGGCAGGCGCGAGGCACCCCCUGCCGUUGUUUGCCAAGUUGCUAUGCAGAGAGACUCAGUUUAUGAAUCCAUCGGGGAAUGGUAAAGAUCCCAUCUCAACCCCUGUGGAUGCAUCCAACAUUCUGCUGCAGCACGUAGAAGACAGGAACGGACCAGAAGUGACCACUAUUAUUCUAAGGUACUUAACAGCAGCUAGGUAUGGUCUAACUGAAGCAGAGUUGAUGGAUCUACUGUCUUGCGAUGACGAUCUCCUGGCCAUGGUCUACCCUCAUACGCUACCACGUGUCCUGAGGUUUCCACAUAGAGUCUGGAUCAACAUCAGGAUUGACUUAGGUCCCCUGAUAACCAUCCGUUACCUUGACAACAAGAUGCUGAUGACGUGGUCCAGCUCCGUCAUACACAAGGUGGCUCGUCAGCGAUACCUCAGCUCCAACGUGGAAAGCGUCAAAGCUCACAAGUAUUUGUCAAACCUAUUCUUGCAGACAUGGCUGAAAGGCAAGAAGUGGGAACGAGACGAUCGUAAGAUGGAAGAUAAUGAGGAGGUCGACGGGAACAGGUACAUCGCCCCUCAGCCUCUCCUCUAUGGAAAGACUCAAUACAACCUGAGAAGGCUGAGUGAACUCUGGAAUCAUCUAGCCAAUGCUGGUGACCUCAAGAUGCUAAAAUCGGCCGUUGUGUGCAAUUUCGAGUACCUCCUUGCCAAGACCCAUGCCUCAUCGGUCUACCACGUCCUGCAGGAACUGUCGACGAUCAGAUGCCUAGUCCUGGACCUAGAGAUAGACCUGGUCUAUGCAGCUCUGGCCAAGUCUGCCGAGGCCCUGAUGGCAGAUCCUCUUCAGCUUGCUGCGGAGCUGAUUAGUAGACUUCUGCCUAUCAAGGGUCAGUAUCCUCGAGAUCUAGACUCUCUGGUUGCUCAAGCAAUGGAGUGGUGUGACCAAUUCACCCGCCCCCUCCUCGUUCCUCUAACAUCCUGGCUCCCCACCCAGCACGACUCCCUCAUCACGUCAGUUCAGUGCGGCCGAGAGAUCGUCAAGAUGGUGGUGUCCACCGACAACCAACAGAUCAUCGUCACCACCAACGACCGAACCCUUGCCUGCUACAAGCUUGCCUCCAGCGAGAAGCUCUGGUCCUGCAAGGCGGUCCACGCCGAGGACGUCACCUGCAUCGCCAUCUCCAAGGACGACCGCAUCGUCGUCACAGGGUCUGCCGAUAGGACGCUCAAGCUGUGGACAGCCGAUGGUGGGAAGCUUCUGAGGACAAUCCAGAAGCACGACGGACCUAUCUCCUGCGUGUCUGUGACACCUGACUGCCAGAGGGUGAUCAGCGGUGCCCUGGAUGGACUUGUCAGGGUGUUCAACAUCGAGGACGGGGAACUGGUCUGGAACCUGACAGGGUCGUUGGAGUCAUUGGUGUCUGUCAAGUCUAACAAGUACAGCAAUAUCUUGAUCGCAGCAUCUGCUGAUUGCAAAGUGCGGACAUGGAGCCUUCGUGAUUUCUCUCAGCUUAAUGUGAUAGAAGGCCAGGGCGGUAUCAUGACCCAUAUGACUGUCUCGGGAGAUGACAUGUUCUUUUUAAGAUCUUACGAGGAUUCACGUCUGAACAUGUCUUGCUUGGUGACGGGGACAUUUGUACAUACCCUGGAGGGUCAUAAGGGAAAGAUUGUAGACAUCUGCAUGUGUCCAGAAGGCCUCUAUGCGGGCAUAGCAACGUCCGAACAGGUCAUCUACGUCUACAACGUCCGAUCUCAGGAGCUUCUACAGACACUGACCGGUCACUCUGCUCCGAUCCGUAAAGUGACCAUUACCCCGAAUGGUCACUUCUUGGUCUCGGCCUCGGCAGAUGGAAAUGUUAAGGUCUGGUUGCUGCCCAAGCCAAAGACUAAGGAGACAGAUAAUACAAAGGCCCAUACAGACAAGGUCACAUGUCUUGCCAUGUCUCGGGAUGCAAACUUUGCCAUCACUGGUUCAUCCGACUGUUCACUGAAGCUGUGGAACAUGGAUCUGUGUCAAAUCAUCCAUUCAUUCUGCGAUCACACAAAACCAAUCUCGUGCGUCGCUAUGGCGGAUAACGGAAGCUUCGCUGUGUCAGGUUCUGAGGAUACCACUGUCAAAGUAUGGAGUACGGACAGCGGUGUCGUCGUCAUCGCAUUCACCGAGCACGAAGAUGCCAUAUCUUCAGUGCUCAUCACAUCCGACAGCAAGCGGAUACUGUCUGCCGAUUUCAGCAACUACAUGAAACUAUGGUUGGCUGCUACGGGAGAGGUUUUGUUAUCGUGUAUGGGUCCUUCUGCCAUGGUUAUCCUGACGCCUGAUGAUACUUACGCAAUCAGCGGAGAUCGGAAUGAACUUAUGAAGAUCUGGACCACUGGUAGUGGAGAAUCGGUCAAAACAGUCAACCAUGUUCAGAUAAUUACAUGUGUGACAGUGACCAGGGAUAGUCAGUUUACAAUCACUGGUUCUGAAGAUAUGUCUCUGAAGAUCUGGGAGACAAAGACUGGCAAACUCACUCAGAUCUUAGCAGGUCAUGACGACCGCGUGACCUGCGUAGCUACAGCAGAUCACAACCGCCACGUCAUAUCAGGGUCCGAUGACUCCACCCUUAUCAUCUGGAACAUGUCAACAGGAGAGAUAGAGAAGACCCUACAGGGCCACACCGCUGCGGUGACUGGCUGCAAGAUGACAAGCGAUGGCAGCAUUGCAGUAUCAUGUUCAUUGGAUGGCACGGUCAGGGUGUGGCUGGUCCAGACGGGAACCCUCAUCACCUCCUUUCACAUCCGUCAACCGGUGGCUGGUCUUGAGAUGUCCUUCGAUGCAAGCUUCAUCAUCCUGAGACUGGUAGAAGGGGGAAGCACCCCUCUCCUCUGUCUUCAUAACAGCCCUGCCUCCGAUAUCAAGUCUCAGAGCCAGGUCGAUAUUGAUGUCAAAGAAGAAUCUCAGACAGUACUACCGAUCAAGCCUCACCCGCCGCUGCUCCACAAACAAACCUCACUGCACAUGCCUCAGGUCGGCCGCAAGUCAACAAGCUCCGCCCCCGACGCCAACCGCAUCAAAGCCGCCAACAACCAGAAAGGACGCCAUCAGAGUUACUCGGACAACAGCUCCAGCAACGGCUCCACGGGCAAAAUGAAAAGGAACAAACGAUCGGGCGUCUGCCGUAUCGUGUAGCUUAAUUCCAGAGAAGUAGCUGAAUUUAUGUGAGAUUUAAACCAUGCAAAGAGAAGUUUUAUUCUGUGCAAUUAAAGUUUAUAAAUGGAUCAAUAUUAUAUUUCAGACUGCUAUUGGA